AUGUUUAGCAAUCAAUUAUUUAAGUAUAGAAGGCUAUACCAAUAAUCAUUUAAGUUGAAGUCACAGCAUGAAAUUCCAGAAUUUCAGAUAACAGCCAAGUUGUAUGAACAUUAAUCAGCAGCUUAAUUACUUCAUUUUGAAGCUUAAGAUAAAAAUUAGACUUUUGCGACAAUAUUCAGAUCCGAGCCUACAAACAGUCAAGGAACUCCACAUAUUUUGGAGCAUUUGAUUUGCUGUGGAAGCGAAAAGUAUCCAGUCAGAGACCCAUUUAUGGCUAUGAUCAAGCGUAGCAUAAAUACCUAUUUGAAUGCAUGGACAGGUCCCGAUUAUAUUUGCUUUCCACUUGCUUCAUUAAAUAAGAAGGAUUUUGAAAAUCUAUAGAAUGUGAUAUUGGACUUAGUUUUCAAGCCUACGUUAAAUGAAUUGGAUUUCAGAUAGGAAGGAUCUAGACUGGAUUUUGAAAAAGGAAAGUUGGUAUAUAAAGGAAUUGUUUAUAAUGAAAUGAAAGGGGCUAUGCAAAAUCCAGAGAGUGUGUUUUGGUAAGAGAUGCAAACUUACCUAUUAAACAACUCUAUUUAUUAACAUAACUUUGGUGGAGAUCCUAAGGCUAUUCCAAGUCUUACCCAUAAAGCUCUGUUAGAUUACUACAAAUAAACAUUUCAUCCUAGUAAAGCAAUAUUUUAUUCCUAUGGAAUUGAUCAACCCAAUUUUGAUUUAAUAAACCAAUAUCUCCAAGUACAAAAGCUGAAUUAUUAACAAUAAUCUCAAUAGGAAAUCAAGCCUUUAACACCUCCUGAUAUCAUUUCAUUGCCAUAUUAAGAUGGAGAUAAAUAAUGUUUCCUUGCGUUUUAAACAAUCAUUAAGGAGGCUGAUUAUGUGUAGUAAUUGGCCUUAAGCAUUAUUUCUCAUGUGCUUUUUGAUAAUCAAAAUGGAUUAUUGUACUCAUUAAUUGAGGAGGGACUUGCAGAAUCAUUUAGUAGAAAUGUUGGACUUGAGCAAUAUGGCGAGAACCACGUUUUCAGCAUUUCCUUCUAAGGAGUUGAGGAUGAUAGAAAAAGUUUGAAUAAAAUUCAAGAGAAGAUUAAAUGCAUAUUGGAAUAAUUGACCAAGGAAUUUCCAUAGGAUAAAGUGGAUGCUGCAUUACAUUAGAUCGAGGUUUAAUUCAAAAUGCCUACUUCAGAAAUGGGUUUGAAAUUGUUGAAAUUUUUGAUUAACCCAAUCAUAAAUCAAAAAAACUAUAUUGAAUAUUUGGAAUUCAACAAAAAUAUGGCAAAUUUAAAAUCUAAAAUCUCACAAGGUUACUUGCAACAAUUAAUUAAGGACCAUUUUUUGAAUCCAUAUGUAUUAUUUGGUUAGCCAGAUAAAAAAUACUUGUAAAACCUAAUAUAAAAUGAAACCAAGCAAUUGGAAGAGAUCUAAAAAACUCUUACACAGGAGGAAAUAGAUAAAAUAAUAAAAUUGAAUAAGGAUUUAGACAACAGAGAAGAAUCAGAUUUUUCGAUACUACCUACUAUAGAACUAUAAGACAUAUCAGCCAAGGUUGAGAGAGUUCAAUUUAAUGAAGAUGUUGUUAGAGGCGUCAAAGUCUUUGAAACUAUAUAAAAAACAAAUGGGCUCACUUUCUUUAAAUUCAAGUUUAACUUGGGGGAAAUAUCUGAAGGUACAAGAUAAUACAUAGAUUUUUUUGUUUAAUUGUUUGGUAAAUUCGGAACAACAAAUUUCACCCAUUCCGAGAUUAGUUAGAUGUUUAGUGAAUUUACAUUGGGAUUGGAAGUAUCAUAUGACUCAGUUCAAAAAAAAGGAACAUAUUUGAUGUUUAGCAUAGCGUGUUUAAAUCAGAAUGUUUCAAAAACACUUGAAUUGUUGUCUGAAUUAUGUUGCAAUGUUAAAUUUAAAGAUAGAUCUCAUUUGGCAACAUUAUUAAGGAAUCAUAAGGUAGCAUUGUAGAACCAAAUUUUUGAUGAAUAAUUAUAAUAUGCAGCUCAAUUGGCAACUUCUCAAAUUUCAGAAUAGUAUUACUUAACUGAUACAAAUUUUAACACAAAAUUCCAACUUUAAUAUGCUCAUCAUUAUUUGAAGGCUGACAAUCAAAGAAAAUCGAUGUAUGUGGAUGAUUUCGAAUUUCAAAUGACUGAUAUUCUAUAUACAAUAAUGAAUAAACAUAAAUUGGAAGUGAUUAUUCAUCAAGAUGGAUCAUCGAAUUAUAUUUAAAAUUUAGAAUAGUUCAUAAAUUCCAUUCGACAUAAGUAUCCAGGAUUUGAUAUGGAUCCAUAACCACAAUAUAUUGAAUAAUUCAAUGAAAAGUUUGGUAGUGUAGCAUCUCUUAUCCCAUCACAAGUAAAUUGCUCAUCCAGAGCAUUCAAAAUCCCUUACUUUACUCAUGAGGACACUCCAGCGAUAUAAGUAUUGGGAGAUUGCAUCUCAAAUAGUUAUUUGCAUAGAGAGAUAAGAGAGAAAGGAGGAGCAUAUGGGUCAGGUUGUAGUGUGAGAUCAAUAAUGGGAACAUUUUGUCUAUGGAGUUACAGAGAUCCAAAUCUAUUAAAUACGUUUAAAAUCUUUGACAACAUACAAUUGGAUUUGGACGAGUAAAAGUUGAAGGAGGCCAAAUUAACAGUUUUUUAGAGAUUAGAUCAACCAAUAGAGCCUUAGAAUAAGGGAUUAGAUUACAUUAUUACUGGAUUAAAUUAUGAAUAAGUGGAUGAAAUGAGGGAAAGGGUGAUCUCAGUUUCACUUUCACAGGUUAGAGAUGCUUUUGAUAAAUAUCUGAAAUCUUAGCCUUACAGUUAAGGAAGUAUGGUGUCAGAGGAGCAUAAAGAUGUAGAAGAAUUAAAGAAGUUGGGAUGGUAAAUAAAUAAAUUAAGUAUUGAUUGA